AUGAGGAGGGGCAAUGACACCUGGGUGAGUGAGUUUAUCCUGAUGAGCCUCUCCAGUGACAGGAAGAUGCAGGCUGGACUCUUCGUCUUGUUUGGGGUUGCAUACCUACUGACUCUGCUGGGCAAUGGGCUCAUCAUCCUCCUAAUUGGAAUGGACACACGGCUUCACCUGCCCAUGUACUUCUUCCUCUGCAAUCUCUCGGCCGUGGACCUCUGCUACACCUCCAGUGGGGUACCCCAGAUGUUAGUGCACUUCCUCCUGGAGAAAAAAACUAUUUCCUUUACCCGAUGUGGGACACAACUCUUCUUUUCCCUGGCCCUUGGGGGCACUGAGUUCCUGCUGCUGGCUGCAAUGGCCUAUGACUGCUAUGUAGCUGUCUGCAACCCCCUGCAUUACACGGCAUUGAUGAGCCCAAGGCUUUGCGUGGCACUAGCAGCUGUCUCCUGGCUUGUGGGGCUGGCUGAUUCUGCCAUUGAGACAGCAGUAACCAUGCGCCUGCCCACCUGUGGGCACAAUGUGCUAAACCACGUGGCCUGUGAGACACUGGCUCUGGUCAGGUUGGCAUGUGUGGACAUCACACUCAACCAGGUGGUCAUGGUGGCCUCCAGUGUGGUGGUGCUGCUGGUGCCUUGCUUUCUGGUCUCUUUAUCCUACACCUAUAUUGUAGCUGCCAUCCUACAAAUCCGCUCCACCCAGGGCCGCCGCAAAGCCUUCAGCACCUGUGCUUCCCACCUCAUUGUGGUCUCCAUGUCUUAUGGGAUGGCCCUUUUUACCCGCUCCACUGCCUCGGCUGAGCAGGAUAAGGUGGUGGUGCUCUUUUAUGCUGUGGUGACUCCCAUGUUGAACCCUCUCAUCUACAGCUUGAGGAACAAGGAUGUGAAGGCUGCUCUGAGUCGAGUUCUGAUGAGGAGCUCUGCAUUCAAAUAA